AGCCUUACCACAACACCAAUCAUUUUCAAUUGAAAGGAUAACAGGAUAGAAGCUUAGAGCAGAGGAAAACUGUGACUCCACUCUACCCACUGAACCCAGAAUGGCUUCAACCUCAACCUCCCUCUCAUUCUUCUCAUCUUCAAUCUUCCUCUCUAACCCUUCAAAACUCAAAGUCCCCACAAAACUCUCUAAUUCUAAUUCAACCCCCUUCUCCGUCGCCUGCAAGCUCGCAACCCUCCCGGUUCUCUCCUUCACCGGCGAGAAAGUCGGCGAGUCCACCCUCGACCUCAAAACCGCCCCACCAAACACCGCACGUGCCGUCGUCCACCGCGCCGUCGUCACCGACCUCCAAAACAAGCGCCGCGGCACCGCCUCCACCAAGAACCGCGCGGAGGUCCGCGGCGGUGGCAAGAAGCCCUACCCUCAGAAGAAGACCGGUCGCGCCCGGCGAGGGUCAAACCGGACUCCGCUUCGUCCCGGCGGAGGUGUCAUCUUCGGCCCGAGGCCGCGUGAUUGGAGUAUCAAGAUUAACCGGAAGGAGAAGAGGCUGGCGAUUUCCACCGCUGUGGCUAGUGCUGCUGCGAAUACUAUCGUGGUGGAGGAUUUUGCGGCGGAGUUUGAAGGGAAGCCGAGGACGAAGGAUUUCAUUGCGGCGUUGAAUCGGUGGGGGCUUGACCCGAAGGAGAAGGCUACGUUUGUGGUGACUGAGUUGUCGAAGAAUGUGGAGCUUUCGAGUAGGAACAUUGGGACUUUGAAGAUUUUGACGCCGAGGACGCUGAAUUUGUAUGAUAUUUUGAAUGCUGAUAAGCUUGUGCUCACACCUGGUGCUGUGGAGUUUUUGAAUCAGAGGUAUGGGGUUAAUAACCAAGACAAUGAUGAUGAAGAAGAUGAAUAUGUUGAAGAAGAGGAAGAAGUAGAAGAAGGUGAAGGUGAAGUGGAUGGUGAAGAAGGACCUGACACAGAGGAUGGUGCUGAUGUGGUGAAUUAAGGGUUUGAAGUCUUCUUUGUACCAUUUUAUAGAGAAAGUUGCUGAUACAGGGGGUGGAAGGUCUGCAGUCAUAUUUUUAUCAAUCUGUAUGUUUGUUUUGCUUUCCAUCACUUAGGAUUGUAAUCCUAGUUAUCUGUUAGGAUAUUUGCCUAUCCCCACUUACAAUCAUAUUAUUUUGUAGCCAACUUUGUGUAAUUUCAUUGAAUCUAUUUUGUUUCUUGUAGUCUCUUUUGUGCAAAUGCAUGUAUAUUGAGAAGUAGAUUCUUUAA